AUGAAAAUUAAAAAGAAGGAGCUCCGCAGGCGGGAGGCGCAGUUGCCCAUAAAUUACCCCCACCCGGAGGUGGCGGACGCGUCCGUCAGCGUUGAGGCCGCCAUCUUCAACGCGGAGGAGACUCGUGUGGAGGCCAUCUGCAGGCGGCUGGCGCACAACGAGGUGGCCGUGCGUGACGCGGUUUUGGCCGAACUGCCGCGGUACAUUCGCAGCGUGACGCAGCGGCUGGUGGGACUGGAGGCGUGCGUGGAUUUGGCCGCACUGCGUCGCUUCAUCGUCAUGCAGAGCGGCGGUAAAGGCGGCAGGUGCGGCACAAGCGGUGGGGGUGCGGGCGGGGAGAAGCGGGUGGUGAUUAAUGUGCUACGGGAGCUGGAGGCGUACCGUAACCGCGAGGAGAAUGCACGACGAGAGCAAAGACGUCAGGCGGCAAUUCGGCGUCUGCAGCAGGAGCGGCAACAGGCAGCGCGUGGUGGUGAUAACAAUAACAGGGAAGAUAACAACAACAACAAAAACAAUAAUAAUAAUAAUAACACGGGUGAUAAGAAUUACAUGGCGGCGGAGAAGGAGGGGGAAGAGGAGCUUAAAAUGCGGGAUGCAGAGCGCAAGAGCCUGCGGCAGAUAUACGGGGAAUGGAUUUCUGUGUGGUGCGAGAUGGAGCUGGUGCUUCUGAAGCUCUCCCGUGGUUUGUUCUUUUGUCUCUGGCACUCUGACAAGCCGCUCGUGCAGCUUGAGUGUGCGCAGCGCAUCGCUCGUCUCAUUCACGUUCCUCACACGAACAGUGGUAAAAUCCUUUUGUUCAGUUGUCUCAUUCGUGUGCUUAUGCGAGAGUGGCGUUCAAUGGACCGCCACCGCGCCGACAAGUUCCUCGCGUUAGUGCGGAAGAUGAUAUAUGAGCUGGCGUGCCUGCUGGAGUCCCUGGAAGCGGAGGCGCGGUUGCAGCAGCAGAGAGGAGAUGAUAACGAGGCCGGCACCAACGGUGGGGUUGACCGCUCCGCACCGGCAGGAGGGACGGUGGCGUCACGUGGUGCCUCGCCGCUUGCUGGAAGGAAGAGGGAGCGGAAUGAAGACGAGGGCGGCCCAUUCCACGGCGACGCCGAUGUAUUGACACACGACCCCCUCUGCCGUGCCCUCGACGAGGCGUGUUACGUGUUUCAGGGGCAGCUUUUGCCGGAGCCCACCGCCGUAGGUCUCUCCAUGCAUGUCUGUGACGUCCUUUUUGACGAGCUCUGCCGUGCGGCACUCUCAACUGCACUUUUUGUGGCCCUCAGCGAUCGCAUCGCGCUCCACGCAAUGAGUCGAGGGAAUUGCGUGGAGAAGCGUGUGCUGGAUUACUUCAUCUCUCCCAUGGCGGGGGGCAUGCUGUCCAGCCGUCGACGCGAACAGCAUCAGCAGAAGGACGGCCAGUUAACGUCUGUAGGGGCAUUAAACAAACGGAAGCGAUGCCGCAAAGAGGAAAAAAGUGGCAGCUGCAGCGGCCAUGAAGAGAGUGCGGCUCAUGCCGCAGCGGAUGCGGAAACACGUGCUAUUCUCCUUCAGCUAGCGGACUGCUGCAAGAAUUACUCCGUGGCGCGGCGAACCGUGCACUCGGUGCGUGUUAUGUUCACGGAAGGCGAGAUGGCGUUGCGGCAGGCAGCCAACCCCGAUGGGUACGAGGAGUUGACACGCGGGGAGCUGCGACGCCGCAUUGAGCGGGAAGUUGCAGAAGUGGGGGAAACACGGCACGCCGUUGUGGAGGAGCGCCGCAAUUUGCGUCGGUUGCGGCAACAGGAGAAGAAGCAGCUGCUGCUGCGUCUCAAGAAGAAAAAGAAGGAGAAGAAGGGAAGUAUCGUUGCUGCUGCUGCUGCCGAUAAUGACGACGACGACGAGGACGAGGCGGAGGCGGAGGCGGUGAAGCAAAAACUGGAAAAAAUGAAGAAAAAAACGAGAAGGCCGCAGCCACGCGACACCAAAAGGAAGAAACAUUACACCCUGACGAAGGAGGACCUCUACGGCGAUGAGUAA